GGCGGCAGCUGGGCCGGGAAAGGCUGGCGCGCCGGGCGGCUCCGCGAAUCCUCCGGCAUCCGCCCCGGCGGGCCGCCUCCGCCCGCGGCAGCCCCCCGAGCAGCGGCCCGGCACCGGCGCCUUCCCGGCGGGUGACAGUGAGUCAUGGAGCUGCGUGUGGGGAACAAGUACCGCCUGGGACGGAAGAUCGGGAGUGGGUCCUUUGGAGACAUCUACCUGGGUGCCAACAUUGCCUCUGGUGAAGAAGUUGCCAUCAAGCUCGAGUGUGUGAAGACGAAGCACCCGCAGCUGCACAUCGAGAGCAAGUUCUACAAGAUGAUGCAGGGGGGAGUGGGAAUCCCGUCCAUCAAGUGGUGCGGAGCCGAGGGGGACUACAACGUGAUGGUCAUGGAGCUGCUGGGGCCCAGCCUCGAGGACCUCUUCAAUUUCUGCUCCCGCAAGUUCAGCCUCAAGACGGUGCUGCUCCUGGCCGACCAGAUGAUCAGCCGCAUCGAGUACAUCCACUCCAAGAACUUCAUACACCGGGACGUCAAACCGGACAACUUCCUCAUGGGGCUGGGGAAGAAGGGCAACCUGGUGUACAUCAUUGACUUCGGCCUGGCCAAGAAGUACCGCGACGCCCGCACGCACCAGCACAUCCCCUACCGGGAAAACAAGAACUUGACUGGCACUGCCCGCUACGCCUCCAUCAACACCCACCUGGGCAUUGAGCAAAGCCGUCGAGAUGACCUGGAGAGCCUGGGCUACGUUCUCAUGUACUUCAACCUGGGCUCCCUGCCCUGGCAGGGCCUCAAGGCGGCCACCAAGCGCCAGAAGUACGAGCGCAUCAGUGAGAAGAAGAUGUCAACGCCCAUCGAGGUCCUCUGCAAAGGCUACCCCUCUGAGUUCUCCACAUACCUCAACUUCUGUCGCUCGCUACGGUUCGACGACAAGCCGGACUACUCGUACCUGCGCCAGCUCUUCCGCAACCUCUUCCAUCGGCAGGGUUUCUCCUACGACUACGUCUUCGACUGGAACAUGCUCAAAUUCAUGCGGCCCCCCUCAUGCCAGCCCCCUGCCCUUCCCUGUGGACGACCCCAGGACCAACUAGGGUGCAGCCCGGAACCCCGAGGACGUGGACCGGGAGCGGCGAGAACACGAGCGCGAGGAGAGGAUGGGACAGCUCCGGGGGUCUGCGACCCGGGCCCUGCCCCCUGGCCCACCCACGGGGGCCACCGCCAACCGGCUGCGCAGUGCCGCGGAGCCUGUGACUUCCACCCCAGCCUCCCGCAUCCAGCAAGCUGGCAGCACCUCUCCCAGAGCGAUCUCACGAGUCGACAGAGAGAGGAAGGUGAGCAUGAGGUUGCACAGGGGUGCGCCCGCCAACGUCUCCUCCUCCGACCUCGCUGGGCGGCAAGAGGUCUCCCGGAUUUCCGCCUCCCAGACAAGCGUGCCAUUUGACCACCUCGGGAAGUGAGGAGGAGCCGCCAUCGGACCAGUAUUUGCUUAGGAAUUGGUCUGCUGUAAAAGAAGGCCCUUGGUGGCCUCCACGAGCCCUCUGGCCAGCAGGAACCUCGAUGGGACUCCCUGGGACUCCCGUGGCCAGAUGUAGGCCUGAGGUUUGGGGAAGCGGAGGUGGUGGAGGUUCUCGGGGGGAGGAGGGGUUGUGGGGGGAGAUGUCUGAGCUUCCUGGGGCAUAUGUGCAUGGCAGGGGGCUUCGCCAGCUUGGCCUCACCCCAGGACGUCCUCAGCGUGAGGUGCUUUGCAGAAAUUCAUUCCACAGAUAGAGCUGGGACGGGAAACAGGGCUUGCCUUCGCCAGCUCUCAGGUCCGGGACCAGUCCUUCCACGGCAGCAUGGGGUGUGUGGCUCACCGAGAGGAUGAGGAGGGAGAGAGAUGUUGUUCUUCCCAGGAGACUGGAGCACCCACUAAGUCCCCGGAGAAGGAGCAGCUCAAAGCCUCGGGACAGAAGUGUGGGGACUGCAGGUGGUCUGGCGGAUGGGCUGCCAGAGGCAGACAUGCACCUGAUCUGUCUUCUCUCCCCCUUCUAGUGUCUUCACUGUAUUUUCUUUUAAAAAACAACAACAACAAAAAGAUGGGGGAAAAAACCACUCAAAAGAACAAAAAGAAAAAAAAAACCCAGCAUAAAACCGACGAUGGAUUUUCUUUUUUUUUCCUUUUCUUUUUUUUCUUUUCUUUUUUUUUUUCUUCGCCAAUGACAAGAAGAUGGGAUGCCUUCAGCACAGAGGAUUCUUGUCCCUACGAGUUUCCCACUGUCCACAACCUUCAGGCUGCCAAAUGCUUCCCAGACACUGAGCUACACAUGCCAGACGCCACGGCCUCGCCCCAGCCAACACCGACACCGGCCGGGAGGGGCUGUCUCUGUGUUGGACAUGCAGCUGGUCAGGUGCCAUCAAGAGGUGGCCUGAGGAGCCGGGGAAUGGUGUGGUUGGUCGGGGGCAGACCCCACUGGGUGCUGUUGAGCCUUGGACCCCAGGAGACAGGCACAGCCCCCCUACUGCCCCGCAAUGACUGUGGCCGAAUUUCUGUGUCGGGCUGCUUCCAGGGUCCCCUGAACAUCUGGGUCUCUUCUUUGUCUCUCCAAGAAGACUUUGAGGAAUGGGUGGUGAGGUGGUGGGGGCUGAGAUUCCUGUGUGCGUGUGUGUCUGUAUCUGUGGUAGCUCCCAGCCACCUGCCAGGCGGACUUUGGGUUCUCAUCCUCCUAACAAGGACGCGGGGCUAGGCAGUGACUUCCGUGGCCCUCCAGAAGGGCCCAGACGGUCCUUGCCACUACUGACCCCUGAGACUGCCAGUGGCCUGUGGCAGCCCCAUCUCCUUUCCCUGGUCUUAGGGCUGAAUCCGUGGAGACCACUUCCAGAAAGCAUCCGGCUCCUGGGUCAUAAAUUAAUUCUCCAGUCCUGACACUCACCUGGUGCCCCACCCUCCCCGUUUUAGCCCCCCCCCCCCUCUCUCAGGAGCCUGGAGUCAGGUCUGGGCACUGAUUUAUCUACCCCUCCUAGUUAAACACCCAUUUUUACUUUAUUUUUGUUUGUUUUCUCCGUGUGUGUAUUUCCUAAUUUAUUUACCUCUUUUUCCCCUUUUUUCUUUUUCUUUUUUUUUUUUUAAUUAAAGAGCAAAGCUUUUUAUUACUUUGUAAUUUAAAAAACUGAAAAAAAAAUACUGAAGAACUUUGGGGGGAAUUUUGUACUUUUUUCCUGUGUAAAUAUUGGACUUUUUUGAGCUUUAUUGUGGUUGUUAAUUUGAAGUAAUAAAGUAGAAAAGGAUAAAGUGACA